AUGAAGCUGGAUAUACUCGGCCCGUUGGUGAUUUUCAUCCUAUAUCUUCAGGAAGAUUAUGGAGACGAGGUUAGUUUGAGUGAAGGGCCAUGGUUUUCCGGGGUUACCCUGGCCCGAUUUACCGGUUCGAGCGGAAAAUGCGGCCUGUUUUUACGGAACUUAAAGGCUCUGAUUACAUGCAGCUUCCUCGUAUUUAUGAUAAAGGAAUGGAAACGGCUGAAGGAAUUGAGUGGUAUUUAA